AAACCUCAUCGAAACCACAAGAUCAAAAAAUUGAACAUGGCUUCUUGCAUGUGGCUGAAGAGUGCCAGUGGUGGUGGCAGUGGGAAGAAGCCGCCGCCGAGGGACGUGCCGCCGGGGCACUUGGCGGUGAUGGUGGGAGAAGAAGCAAAGAGAAGGUUUGUGAUAAGGGCUGAUUACCUUAACCAUCCCUUGCUUCAAAAACUUUUAGACCAAUAUGAAGGUUAUGGCUUCAACAAGAGUGGUCCUCUUGCUAUACCUUGUGAUGAGUACCUUUUCCAAGAUAUUAUUCAGGCCCUUCGAGAGGGAUCAUCCUCUCCCCAUGUGCCCCUCAAGAAGCUCCAUUUCAAGGACUUUGUGCCCUUACUUCAGGACAAUCAUCAUGGCAGAGGGAGCAGCAGCAGCAGCAACUAAAUGCAUUUUCAUUAAGUAUAGUAUUUAUAUAUUGAUGUGCUUGUAGCAGUUUACGGGGAACAAGUGUUAACUCUUUCAUUUCCUGCAUUUGCUCACCUUCACUAUUAGUUCUCAAUAACCACAACCAUGUUAUUUAUCUUCACAGAUGAUUUCACAAGUUAUUCUCCAAUGAUUUCCGUAUAUGCUAUGUGAGUUAUUUGUAUUUAUCCAA